GGAGGCGUUUCCUCUUCGGGCUGAACUUGGCUGAACUGUCAUCAGGACGCAGACGGACUUUAACAAAGUUUCUGCCCCGCUCCUCUCCCGGUCCAGACAUGCCCCCCAGCACGCAGCUGAAGGAGGCGAUAGCCGAUGUGCAUGAGGGGAUCCGCGCCAUCCUGCUCGGACCACCCGGAGCCGGGAAGGGGACUCAGGCCCCUCGGCUAGCAGAGCACUACUGUGUGUGCCACCUGGCCACCGGAGACAUGCUGCGGGCCAUGGUGGCUUCAGGCUCCGAGCUCGGCAAGAGGCUGAAGCAGACGAUGGACGCUGGCAAACUGGUCAGUGACGAGAUGGUGGUGGAGCUCAUCGAGAAGAACCUCGACACGCCGCCCUGCAAGAACGGCUUCCUGCUGGACGGAUUCCCGCGUACAGUCAAACAGGCAGAGAUGCUGGACGACUUGUUGGAAAAGCGACGCGAGGAGCUGGACUCUGUGAUCGAGUUCGCCGUCGAUGACUCCCUGCUGGUCCGCAGGAUCUGUGGCAGACUAAUUCAUCAGCCGAGUGGCCGCUCCUACCACGAGGAGUUCAACCCCCCCAAAGAGCCCAUGAAGGAUGACCUGACAGGCGAGCCACUCAUCCGCCGCAGCGACGACAACGAGAAGACGCUGCAGUCCCGCCUGGAGGCCUACCACCGGCAGACCGUCCCCCUGGUCAACUACUACAGCGCCAAGGGCCUCCACACGGCCGUCAACGCCUCGCUGAGCCCGGACGUCGUCUUCGCCUCCAUCGUGGCCGCCUUCACCGCCGCCACGGAAGUCCCCGCUCGUGCCGUCGCCUCUGGUUGAUGCUGAGCUGCUUCAUUCCCACCGAGACGACGGAUUGGAUUUGGCAAAAAGAUGACGGGUGGGUGGACAGACAGACAGACAGAGACAGAUGGGGGGUGGGUAUAGAAUAGAGGGAACCCUUUGACUUAAUAUAAGUUAAGGUUAGUGUUGCGGUGCUGUGAGGCUCGUAGUGGGCACAUUUCUCCUGUUCUCCCUUUAAUAAAUAUCAUGCUUUCCUACAAUCAUCACACUUUG